AUGGAGCUGACAUCUCUGUGUUUUUUUCAACAGGUUGCAAUCAAACACAUUGCCAAGAGCAAGAUUACAGAGCGGGCUGAGUUGCCCAAUGGGUCUCUGGCUCCUUUGGAGGUAACGCUGAUGAAACUGGUUGGGACGGGAUCCGGGCACCGUGGUGUGAUUCGCCUCUUGGAUUGGUACGAAACUCCUGAAGGCUGCUUCCUGGUCCUGGAGCGACCUGAACAUUGCCAAGAUCUCUUUGAUUAUGUCACAGAGCAGGGACCGCUCUCGGAGAAGCUUUGCCGACACUUUUUCCAGCAAGUAGUGGAAGCGGUAUGCCACUGCCAUGCCGAAGGGGUGGUCCAUCGGGACAUCAAAGAUGAGAACAUCCUGGUGGAUGUGCGCUCUGGCAACCUCAAGCUCAUUGACUUUGGGUCUGGAGCCUUGCUGAGGGAUUCGGUCUACACAGAUUUUGAUGGUACCCGUGUGUACAGUCCACCAGAGUGGGUAGAAUUCCAGCAGUACCAUGCUCUCCCAGCAACCAUCUGGUCCUUGGGAAUACUGCUGUAUGACAUGGCAUGUGGGGAUAUCCCAUUUGAACGAGAUGAAGAAAUCAUGGCUGCCAAAGUGCAGUUCCGCACUCCUGUCUCUCCUGGCCUCAAAGAUCUUGUCCAGUGGUGUUUGUCUCCACAACCUUCCGAACGACCCACAUUGGAGCAAGUGCUUUUGCACCCGUGGCUAAAACGUGAUCCCCAUCUUCAUCUGGAAGAAACGCAGGGCUCACCAUCGCCCAGGGCUCCAGUCUGCAACAGCAGUGGUUGAAGGACUAAGCCUGUUUCCUGGCUGUGCCUUUCCCCUCUAAGAUGGGGUAGUGGUCCAAGUGGUAGCCACCGGACCUCAAGCAACCGGAUUCAGUUACUGGUUGAGAAAGUGUAACCUGGUUCUACAGGCUUGUUUUUUGUUUUUAAGAAGCUGAAUCAUGAGAGGGAACUUGAGCUGGUAGAAGCAAAUUCAUUGACCCAAGCUUAAUCUCCUCUCAGCUAUCCAGAAGAUGUUUCAGUUCUGGCUUUGACCAGGAGAGGACAUCUCAUUAUGUGUAAAUACUUGGGUAUUAUUAUUUACAAGGACUCCUGCACAUUUUGGGGGAAGAGAAUUCUUGGGUGGAUUUCUGCUACCCAUCUUUUCCAAACUCUCUUCAAGGCUUCUGGCCAAAGGAGAAGUUGAAAGGGAUGGAGGUGGUAUCUGGUUUACAUGUACGGGUGCGUAACUUUGGCUUAUGGAUAUGUGUGUUCUUUUUUAAAAAAAAAUAUGUAUUUAAAGAAGCCAUCAUGCAAAGACCUGGCUCUUAGUGUCAAAAUCUGACUGGAAUUCUAUUUAAUAAAAUGGAACUGAAUCCUU